CAGAAAUGUAUGGCAACAACUGCAUUUUCACAGCCUUCCCGGUCUGCAGUAUUUGCAUAACAACUGUGUCGCUGACUCUGUUCCUUUCACGUUACGGAGGAGGGGCGGGUCCCUCCCGGCCGCGAGGGCGGAGACAGUCUUGACAGAAGCGCAGGGGGGGAAAACAAACAAGCCCAGUCCGCCUCAGCGAACGUCCACGAGUGGCUGUGAUGCACAGAGGGAUAACACGUCGCUUCACCACCGCAGUCCGCAGGAAACAAGGCACCAGACGCUCGUCAAGAUACCACCGGUCACGACGGAACGCGCGCUUGCUGGCGGGAGUUUACCGCUGAGGCGUCGGAUGGACGAUGAGGAGGAAGACAUGUCACAGCCCAUCUCGCAGCUCUGGGGAUCGUCCUUCAGGGACAUCAAAUACGAAGACCAAGCCAGGCCGAUUGCAGCCGGACAGGCCCUUGCUGCCGUCACCGCUGCCGUGCCUGCGUCGCAGAGUCACAACAACAACAGCAUUGGCAUCAACAUGCCGCCCUGCAGCUUGCACUGGCAGCCCCGCAUACCCUUCCAUGGCAGCGCUGGAUUACGUUCACAUUUCCCUGCUCAGUUUGAGCCUAUGGAGGACCGGGGAGAGAGGCAGAAUGAAGAAGAGGAGGAGGAGGCAGAGGGCAGAGGGGAGGAAGAUGAAAGGAUGGCAGAGAGGGCGGAGGAGCAUGCGGGGGUGAGCGUCGAGGCGCAAAUUGGCCGUAAACUUCGGGAGAUCGGAGACAAGUUCCAACAGGAUCACGUUGAACUGUUGAUGCGGCACCAGAGACAAAAUCUGCCCGUGUGGAUGCGUCUCACGAUGGCCCUGUUUGGCUUUCUGUUUCCACGAGAGCCCCUCAUCCCACGCCUGCGAGGAGAGCAGAGAUGAAGGGGACUUCCUGCUCGGCCCCUUGCUUUCCCUCAGCAGAAACAAGGGACCAGACUUUUAAAGAUGGCACUGUAAGAUGGAACACGGGUUUGGAUUUUGUUUUUUGUUAAUUGAAUAUGAAGAGGAGAUGAAGACAACACUUGGUCACCGCUGGACGGAGACUGAAAUCAAUUUUUUUUUCUUCUUUUUUUUCGUUUUUCUUUCCUUCCUCUCUGAGAAGAAGCCAUUGCGUUUGAAGAGAUAUUUUCGAAAUAUUUGUAAGAUUACCUAUUUUGUACAGUAAACUGCUACUUUUUAUUUGGUCUUGAAGAACCUUCAUCAGUCCAGGGAAUGCCUUAUUCUCUCCUGCCACAGUACACACUCUUCUGCAUCGAGGACGUCACACGAAAGAGAUCGAUCUUUAAGAUGAGGCCACCUUUUUUUUUUGGCGACACACUGUGGACGUGGACAUUUCUGUGCUGACGAUACUGACAUCAAAACCUUAAGGACUCAAGGCACAUUUCUAAUUUAUUCUCAGAAAAAUAAUAAGCCCUGUACUUAUCCUUUACUGUUCCACACUGGCGAUUUAAAAAAAAAAAAAUGGUUGUCAUGACAUUGUGGCAUUUUAACACACUGGUGUUGCACUGUUGGUCAGUUUUGAUACGUGUUUUAGCAGCUUCCACUGUAGACGCAGGGACAUUAAAUCAGCCCGUGUCUUUUUACUGGUCUCAUCCAUCAGCCUCUCCAUCUCCAGUACCACUCGUGUUCUUAGGUCCCGCCGUGUAUAUUCGGAUCUCGUGGAUUAAUGGAUGUAUAUUUGAAUUUAGGCGUAUGUCACUUUAAGACCUGACAUCCUAACUGCGGUUACUCUUUCAAAUUUGCAGUCAUUUGUAUUUAGGAGUGUGUGCUUACUCUUUCUAAAAAUGUGCAGUAAUAGUGAAACCAAAUAAGCACAAAGUGGAAACAAGUCUCCUUCGUGGGAUUGCGAUCAGGGAACCGGGAACAAUCAGAGUGCUGAGAGGCUCUGGAUGAAUUUCAUCCCCUUUCGGAAGCCUUUCAGGAUUUCUUUCUCUGGCUGAGAGGACAAUCGCAAAUUUUUGCCCCGUUGUGUGAGAGAGAGAGAGAGAGAUGACGUUCAUCAGCAUUAUUAGGUGUGAGCAAUAUUCAAGGCAGUAGACAUGAAGACAAAUCUUAGGGAUUUGGCUGCAUUUGCAAUCAAACUGACAUCCAUAGCAGGACAUUUCCCAAAACAUGUUGUCAGUGGAACGCUCCUCUUUUAGAACGUGCCACAGACACAUUUUGGGUUAGAAACACAGAGAUGCAUUUUAAUUUUGUUUCACUCCAGGUGUAAAUGUCACGAGCACUGAUUCUGACCUGUAGUGCUAAUACACGUGCCCAAAGUUUAACCUCUGAUUCAAGUGCUUUCUUUCACCAAACUUCACUGAGAACUUGGUCAACACAGUUUGUGUACAUUUUCAAAACCCUUUUACAAACACUUACACACACACACACACACAUACGGGGAUAGGAGAGGGUUUAUACGCCCCCUGUGCGACAACUGCUACGUUGGCGUUUGUGCUACGACAGAGCUGUAAGGUUUAUCAAGGAACAAAAAGUCUUUGGAGACUUUAAAUACGAUGUUGGGUAAAAAAAAAAAUCCUCAUUUGAUGUUUUAUUUCAGUCUGUUGUAGUUUCAUGAUAUGAACUUUUGAAGACACUGAUGGUUUUUUUUUCAUGCUUUACGUUUUCUUCAGGGAGUAGUUAAUAACCCAACGCUUUUCACGAGAUGUGUUUUGCUAAAAAAAAAUCCACCUUUGAGUGAGGACUGCAUCGAUGCGUCUACUCGUCCAUCGUACUGAACAGGCAAAGACAUUUCAUGAGACCUUUUCACUUUUCGACAUCUGCGUGGAAGUGUGUAACAAGAAUGUCAGGUCCAGUGUGUUGGAUUUAGAACGGUCUCUCAGUAGAUAUUUAAUUAGUUAUGUUGUCAUCCCCUAAUGGUUGCUUAAAUCUAGAGCUGCAACUAACAAUUAUUUUCAUCAUCAUCAUCAUAUAAUUUCUUCUCGAUGAAUCGAGUAGUUGUUUUCAUUUCGCUCACACACUGAUGUUGUCAUGUUUCUACGGUAACAGACAAACCCAACCCCCGGUCUGCAGAGUUCCUUUCACAUUUUGAAUGUGUCACCUGAAGGCCACUGUGGUUUCUCCCACAUGCUGCUGGAUGCCACUAAAUCCUACACACUGGUCCUUUAACUAUGUCAAUAGCUGAACCAAAAGUUUGUUUCCUGCAAACACUGAACGCUGAGCCAGUCCAGAUAAUCGCCACGCACUCUGGUCUUCAGUCCAAAGCCUCUUACUCUCACUCUCCUGUUUAACUACUCCCUGUCCACUGAGAACAUUUAGUUUGAUUUUCUUUCUGAGAUAAUUUAUUCUAAUUUAUUUUGUGUAUAUUGGCUCAGUGUUACUGUAUAGAUGCUCUCUCUCUUGCUCAGCGUGUACAGUCCUUUCCUUCUCCUCGUUUAUGUGCAUUCAGUUGUGUACUUGAGACCUGUGUGCGUGUGAGUGUGUGUGUGUGUGUGGAGAGGUUGGACUAAAGCCAUGUGCCUCGUGUGUGUUCUCACACACAUGGUGUGAGUCUCUUUAACGAAUCACGUGAACAGCAGACAAUCAAAUGUACAAAAUGUGCCUUGUGAACAGCAGACCCCGCCACAUUAUCGCCGCCGUCAUCAACGACACUUGGCAUAAUUACCCAAAGUCACUGGUCCCAGCUCUCGUUUCACUCGGGCCCUGUGAGAUCAACGUGCUCUUGACACGAUAAGAGUUGGCACGGACAGCGCGGCUUGUUCAUCGUGCCUCGAUACGAAAUAAAAAAAAGACAUUAUCGGUUUGGUUCCUCACGUCGGCUCACGAGGCACAGGCUCAACCUCUGCCAUCUCUCAGCACGAACGGCAAGUUUCACCACGCAAAAACAUUCUCAAUUUCAGAUACGACUGUUUGCAAUCAAUGUGCACUGUAAAAAAAACAACUCUUUUUUUUUUUUUUUUUACCUGUAUACUGUAUUUUGCACCUCUCUACUUUCUACUCCUGUGCUGAACUUCCCCCUCUAGAUUCUUGAAACUUUUUAACACCUGUAAAAAUGCUGGAUUGGCCGAGUUCAUCGGGGGUUUCUGUGCUUUAUUAUCUACGAUCUAGCAGGGAUGUGGGUUUACAUUUGAAGGAGGAAUGAGCCACCAUGGUGCCCAGUAUUAUUUCUUAUGUGAGACGGGUUGAACAGCCACUCGGUCAGUGUGGUGUUGAUGUGAGCCACUGUUGCAGCCCUGACUCAAGUGAAACAUUAUAUUAUGCGUUCAACCUUCAGUGUCUUUACUAUCAAAUUUCUUCAAUCAGUUUUUUUUUUUUUUUUUAAAUAUCCAAGAAAGAGUGCAUCUUAUCUGUCAAGUGCUAAGUGAUUUGGUGUUUUUAUACAUUAGACAUGAAUUUGACACAGCUAUUGUUGCUAUCUUUAUAUAUUAAAACAUUUGCAAAAUUUUUCCACACCUUUUGUAAGAGGACGAAGAACUACAACAUGACUUUUUUUGCUUUUCUAUGACUGCUUUUUUUUUUUUUUUCUAGUGUUGUGGCAUUUUGAAUUUUGGAUAUUGCCAGUUCUGCUGUGUCACUCUCAGUUCAAGGGCUUUUUUCAAUAUAUGUAAAUGGAGUAAAAAAAUGCAUGUCCAACAUUCCGGGGGAAAAAAAAUCUGUAUCCUAAGGGUUUGAAUGUAAUUUAAUGGAGUGAAAACCACAAUAUCUCUUUUAAUACAUGAACUGAACAGUGGAACUUAUGUCUGGCUCCCGUGCUGUGCGCGCGCAGGGAGUUUGUACUGUCUUCACGUUGCUUUCUUUACAUUCAGAGUGGUCUCAAGGAUUUCACAUUCAUGUGCUCUAUGAAGUGAGACCCAGUCCAGAUGUAGCAGGUUUUUUUUUGUUUUUUUUGUGAAAACAUUGACUGUGUUAUCUUUGGGACCGCUCUGUGUCUGCUGCACGGUUUUCAUACAGCGCAGGACAUGGAGCGAUGGAGGGAUGGAGGCGGACCGGGGAUGUUUGUUCUUUUUCUAGUGCAAUAUGCUGUACAUAAGAGCUUGGCUCUCGAAAAAUCUUACAAUUUCUCUUAAUUUCUUUUGUUGUUAAAUGGGUACAUUGCUGUUUCUUAUUUUUCAUUAAAACUUUAUGGACAAUUGAAA